GAACUUUCAGAAAAUGUCUACCAGCUGCUGCAAUCCUCAAAGCCUUUAGAGUAAUUCCCUGAGAGUUCCUUGAGAUGAGCCUCUAAAAAAACCGCUAGCCGGCAGUUUUUUAAGCAUCUUGAUGAUGGCGGAGGACAGUGAGUCCGCGGCAAGCCAGCAGAGCCUGGAGCUGGACGACCAGGAUACGUGUGGGAUAGACGGAGACAACGAAGAGGAGAAUGAGCAUAUGCAGGGCAGUCCAGGGGGAGACAUGGGGGCUAAGCGGAAGAAGAAGAAGCAGAAGAGAAAAAAAGAAAAGCCCAGCUCGGGCUCUGGAGCCAAAUCUGACUCUGCUUCUGACUCUCAGGAAAUCAAGAACCCUGGCUUGCCCAUUCAAAAGCUCCAGGACAUCCAAAGAGCCAUGGAACUGCUGUCCUGCCAGGGUCCAGCAAAGAGUAUCGACGAGGCAACCAAGCACAAAUACCAGUUCUGGGACACCCAGCCUGUCCCAAAGUUAAAUGAAGUCGUGACAAGCCACGGUCCAAUUGAAGCUGACAAAGAAAACAUCAGACAGGAGCCAUAUUCUUUACCUCAAGGCUUUAUGUGGGACACUUUGGAUCUUAGUAAUGCAGAUGUAUUGAAAGAGUUGUACACGUUGUUAAAUGAAAACUAUGUGGAGGAUGAUGACAACAUGUUCAGAUUUGAUUAUUCACCAAACUUUCUCAAAUGGGCUCUGCGUCCGCCUGGUUGGUUACCGCAGUGGCACUGUGGAGUACGAGUGUCCUCGAAUAAGAAGCUCGUUGGAUUCAUCAGUGCCAUCCCUGCAGACAUACGCGUCUAUGACACGACAAAGAAGAUGGUAGAAAUCAACUUCCUAUGUGUUCAUAAGAAGCUGCGUUCCAAGCGUGUUGCUCCUGUGCUGAUCCGAGAGAUAACACGGAGGGUGAACCUGGAGGGAAUAUUCCAGGCGGUGUAUACAGCCGGAGUUGUGCUCCCUAAACCCGUGUCUACAUGCAGGUACUGGCAUCGUUCGUUGAACCCGAGGAAACUCGUGGAAGUGAAAUUUUCCCAUCUUAGCAGAAACAUGACGUUGCAAAGAACCAUGAAGCUCUACAGGCUACCAGAUAGCACUAAGACUCGAGGCCUGCGGCUGAUGGAGAGACGUGACCUCCACCAGGUCACUGAGCUGUUGCAGAAAUACCUGAGACGUUUCCACCUCGCACCGUCCAUGGCAGAAGAAGAAGUUGCUCACUGGUUCCUGCCACAGGAAAACAUAAUUGACACUUAUGUUGUAGAGACUGCAGGUGGCGUACUGACAGACUUCACUAGUUUCUACACUUUACCCUCAACUGUGAUGCAUCAUCCUCUACAUAGGAGCCUGAAGGCAGCUUACUCAUUCUACAGUGUUCAUACUGUAACGCCACUACUGGACUUAAUGAAUGAUGCGCUGAUCCUGGCAAAAAUGAAAGGUUUUGACGUUUUCAAUGCCUUGGAUCUGAUGGAGAAUAAGGUGUUUCUGGAGAAGCUGAAGUUCGGCAUAGGAGACGGAAAUCUGCAGUAUUACCUCUACAAUUGGAAAUGUCCCCCUAUGGAUCCUGAUAAGGUCGGUCUCGUCCUGCAGUAGCGGCUCGUUUCACCGCUGCUACGACACGAACAGGCGUCGUUAACUUCUGGACUCUCCUCACUUGGACCUGCGGGUCGCCCGAGCUCAACAGUGACAUCUUCCACAAGUCAGCCAACCUCGUGACCGGGCGGUGGUCUCAUUAAGAACUCCUGCGGUCCACCCGGAGGUGAAAACUCUUCAAUCAUCAUCCUGAAUGUGAAGUCAUGCUAUGCCUGAGAUAUCCUUACAGUUACAGUGCUGUUGACAUGCGCUCCCGCUCCUAAAACACGACGCUCGGACGUUCCAGAGGAUGCCUUGGCAUUGUGAAUUUUGUUUCUAUUUCUUCAUUCUCUACAGACAUUGUCAGCAGGGGGCUGGUAUGAAAUACCUGUUCAUAUACCUAUGUAAAUGAUGAUCAACGAGGCUGUCGCCUCUUUACGUGUUUAUCCUCUCCAGUCCGCCAUCGUGCCGCUGCGCCGUUUAUUGUUUCCCUCUGUUUUCAUAUCACUGUGGUCAGUCAUGUGGCUGUUUUAGGCCUAUGUAGGAUUAGAAACUGUGAAAAAGUGUUUCAGACUCCUACCGAAACACUUUUUCUUCAGUAAUUAUAUGUAACAAAUGAAAUCUCGUACAAGGCAACACAAGAACUGUAACAUGUAGUUUACAUUGAAAACAAAACCACAUUUAUUCCUGUAGUUUGAGUUGCAGGUUUGUGAGGGCUGAUCUAAAACCUUCUUCUUCUUCUUCUUAAGUUGUGUAGAAGUCGGUGGCUUUUUAAUGAUGAAUGUACAGCAUCGAUGAAGCACAAUUUUACAAACAAGUCAAAUGGUUUGCUUAUAAAGAUCUUAAACGUUUGGUAUUGACAAAUGGUGGGAACUGUUUUACGUUAUAAAUCUGACAUUUUGUAAUUUUAACAUUAAACCCACGCAUGUGGUAGCAUUUACUGUUGCUCUCCAUCGUUAUUGCUUUUGUUACACUUUCCAGUUAGCAGCAGCUCUAAGCGGUAAAAUAUUUCAUUUUGAUUGAGAUUUUUGUACAAAUUAAACCGAAAAAUGGCUAAUAUGCUUCAAAAUGGAAUAGUCAAACAACCACGGUCGACUGUUUUUAGUUUAGCCGUUGCCACCUGCAAAAAAACUUGGCAGAGAAAUUCUCUGGUGCAGAUAAGCUACUAUAAAGUGGCCACUGGUUCAGAAGUGCAAUAGAUAUCUAUAUGUCAAAACAUUUAAAGCCAACUACUGGAUGAUCUGAACCUGGGUUAUAAAUUCAAACUUUAAUUAAUCAAGAAGUCGGAGGAAACAUUUAAUAAAUUUCUGUAAGUCCAUCACACAUUUUUCUUGGCUUUCUGAAAUCCUUUUUCUUUUCUUUCAGACAUUAAAAUAGAAAGUGGGUCAUUUUGUUUUAGUGUGAUAUUUGUUAAUGUAAAA